AUGGGUUUUGGAUUUACUUACGAUGUUCAGCUCGACACCGAGCAGCCCUUCAUUGUCGAGCUCGACUUGAACCAAACCAAUUACCAGACUCUCAGCGGUGCCAUUACCCUCAAUCUCGAGAGGUCAGAGUCCUUCAAGGUCGCCACCAUCGCCAUUCAUGGACACAUCGGAGCAAUGAUAAAGAGCGGGUCAGUUGAUCAGGAGCUGGUUCGCGAUAACUUGGUCGAGGUCACUGUCGACCUUGUGGCAGCAAACGACACCAACGGCAGUGGAACCAUUGAGCUCGAGGCUGGCGAGCAAUUCAUUCCCUUCAGGAUCGAUCUCCCUCACCCUGGCGAUUUGCCUCCAACAUUGAUCAACAAACUCGACACACCUUACAUCGACUGGAAGUACGAGAUCCAUGCAACCUUGCGCCGCAACUACUUUUUCUCGUCCACCCGUGUGGUCAAGCACGACUUGAUCCUCCGCCGCCCAAUCGGUCCCACCAGCGAUAACGACCUGACGUCUUCGAUGGAUCGCCCCGGUCAGUACAGGAGCAAGCUGACGGCCCCCGGACAUUUGGUUCUCGGACAGGAUCGUCUUUUGGCCAAGGCCGAGCUCAAGGCCCGUGGCAAGGAGUUCGUGAUCAAGGAGGUCGACUGUGCCAUCAUCCAGCUUGAGGACAUCGACUAUGUCACCAAGAAUGCUUCCAUUGAGGGACAAACCUGUGUCAUCAACAGCUCUAGACUCGUCUCCUCGAUCCACCUGGUCACCAACGACGAGGCAGACAUGGAUUUCGGCCGUUUCAAGCCCAUCGAGUUUGAUCUCCGGGUCGACAACCACCAAUUGAUCCCUACCGAGCGUGGACUCGGCUGGCUCAACAUCUCACACGUCCUCCGUUACACUGUUCACUUUAUGGAUGUCAACCAGCCUGCUUUAAUCUCAGAGUUACCCUUGUAUGUGGGUAAUGAGGUGAUUUCGAGCUGUGAGUGCGCAACAGUCGUGCCAAAGUCUUCGACCGGUCGGUUGUUGGAGCAUUUGCAUAUCUCGGGUGCUGAGGACCAUUGUUUGCAUCAUGAGAAGGAGGGUACCCCCGAGCCCGAGCCAUAA